GUUCGUUUUUUUUCCCAACAGUACGACUUCUGAGCGGGAACACCCCGCCGCGAUCAUGGCCUCGCUGCACGAGGAGUCGUUCUACUGCAUCCCGGAGACGAAGCUGAGCCUGCCCGAGCGGCCGGCGUACUGCGGGGUGGCCAUCGGCGCGGCGGUGUUGGGGCUCGGCGGGGCCGGCUGGCAGGUGGUGCGGUGGCGGGGGCGGCUCGCGGGGGCGGCGCAGCGGCGGAGACCGUCCCCCAACCCCGUCAUCGUGUUCUGUCUCGCCCUGUCCGACUUCAUGGCCUGCAUAGGAGUGAUAGCCCGGGCCGUCGGCAUCCUUGUGAUAGACCCACCGAUAGAACUGGGCCCUGGCGUCUACGUACCAGCACAGGGCAUCACGGCGAUAUAUGCGGGCAGUACUAUAGAGAUCAUUAACCUGUACUUCUACAGCGCCACGUACAUGUGGACUCUGGUGUACGCAAUAGACAUAACCAUGCAGCUCAAAAACAUCGACGUCCCGAUGUCUCUGUACCACGUGCUGUGCUGGACAGGCCCGGUAGUGUUUGUGGGGCUGAGCAUGUUCAGCGUCUUCUUCGAUGUGCCCUUGGCCCCGGGAGGGGACAUUCAGCAGUGCGCCUCAGGGUUCCACCUGGUGUUACACUACAUCUUCUCGUACACACCGAUCGUCAUUGUCAUGCUGGCCAACCCAGCCAUCUACAUCACCGCCUCUAGGCUAAUUGAGCUCACAGUACCGCCCAUGCUCGGCAGAUACACGCAGAGAGAGCGGCAGGUCAUCUCCGCUAUCAAAAUCAAGUUCCUCCUCAUUGUAGUGGUCUUCACUCUGUGGUAAGUUACGUAUAUAUUUGAUUCUAGUAUUUAGGACUGGAGGACCAGUCUCUCUUCGCGACCGAUUAGCUUUUAAGUUAAGGAUUUUUAAGCUCUCCGUUGGUGUUAGAGUAGCCUGUACUCCAGCCUUGUUCGUUUGGUCCGCUUCCGAAGUUCGCUGCCCUACCCGCGAACCCCGCGAACAAGGCUGGACUCGAGGCUAGUGUUAACGUUAUAGGAUUAUAGGGGAAGAGUAUGGGAAUACUGGAAAUGCUCUGACACCUAAGCUAACAAUUAAUGAGGCCGGAUCUGUAAUGAUACGUAGCUUUUCAGCAUUUUAUUGGCCUCGAUAAUACAAUAGCCCUAGGUGCAGCGAUACAGAUAGGACUGUAUUAAAUGAGGUAAGGUUUUGAACCACUUACACCGGGAAGGAUGGCCGACCUGU